GAGUGUGAUUAUCCAUAUAUCGAGAAGUUAAUGUUUAUCAUUUAUAUCACCUGUAAAAAAAUCGUAGACUUGUAUUUCAGAAUAACACCAAAUAAAUAAUUUAGGUAGGCUACUCCCCCGUUGUUUCAUUUUAGAUGUUUCCCAAAGUGGUUUCAUACUGAAAGCACCAGAAUUACAGCAAGUUACUAUUUACUGGACCAUGUUUAAUAAAAGGCCUAAAAGAAAUUUCAGGCAGAGGCAACAUGAAUCGAGUGACGAAGAAGAAGGCAAUAAAGAUGAGAACGGUGCGGAAGACGGAAAAGAGGCGCUGGCCUCCCAUAGAAGCCAAGACAGGGGAGUUUCUUGCAGUUCGCGGCCGGAGGUAGUGAUCCCUAAGGCGGAUUCCAGUGACUGCGAAGAUGCCCGAUCCAAGACAGACGAUCCGGCGAAGCUGGAGAGAAACAUUUUCAGCUUCUCCGAUGACAAAGAAGCGGAUGUUUGUGAAUUUAAAGUGAAAAAGUCCGCCGAAAAAGAGGUCGUCUUCAAAGCAAGGAAGAAAGACGAUUCUCCUGCGAAAGAAUUGCAUCCCAAAGUACAAAAAGAUGCAGAUGCGAUGAACCUGUCCUCCGAAGAGGACUCCAAGUGCCUUGAAGUGGAUGAAGAGAUGCGAAGGAGUGAAAAUGACUCUAGUUCUCCACGAUCUACCCCCUCCAGAACAUCAGAACCAAGGCCAGGUGUCAUCCCGGACGCUCGACAAAUCCGUGCAGCUAGAAAACAUCGGAGGAAAGCAAGAACCCAGAAGGACUACAUCCCCCUAGAUGGCAAUCAGGGGGGCAGCUCUGGUGAAGGGGAGGAUGAAGAGGAGGAUGAUGAUGAUUUUGUCGGGAAGCACAGCGAUGACGAGCCUGAUGACCACCAGCGUCGCAUCCAGUUUGCGCCCAAGUCGAAAAGUAUCAGGGAAAGGAUAGCUGAGAAGAUUGGAGGGAGUGAGAGCGAGAGCGGCAGCCCGGACAGCGAGGAGGAAGAUGAUCGGACCCUGUGGGAGGAACAGCAAAUUGGGAAAGGAGUCAGAAGACAUAAGUUUCCAGACAGCAGCGACUCCCGGGACACUGUCAAGCCGAAGAAGAAAGUCGAUAUUCCCCAAUCCCUUCCGGCAGUCAGCAUUGAUGUCAUAAAAAAGAGAAUAACCGGGAGGCUGGAGUCAUUGAGAGAGGUGCACCGAGCGCAUGAGGCAGAGCACCGGAGAAUGCAGCUUGACAUGGAGAGUGCCAAGGCCUCCUCGGAGCUGCUGGAGAGCGGCUCCUCCGACGAACAGCACAAGUUCUACAGAGGCAUGAGGGUCUACGUGCAGAACCUGACUGAGUGUCUUACAGAGAAGAUAGUACUCAUUAAUGCAGCAGAGAUGGAAAUGCACACACUGCUCAUUGACCAGGCUGAGGCGCUGUUGUCACGUAGGCGAGAAGCAGUGAGGAUACAGUCCACUCACCUCCAGCAGCUGGUCUAUAACACAGAUCCAGUCAUCACUGAAGUUGCAGAGAAAAACCUCACAGAGAUCUCAGAACAAAGCCAGAAGAGUGACCUUGAAGCAGGUUGUGAGGGUGACUUGGCAGACUGUGAACCACUAACACAUGAGAAAGUGGAACUGGACAGAAAGAGAGCUGAAAUACUGAGGAUGUCGCAGGAGAUCUUUGCUGAUGUUCAGGAAGAGUUCUCAAAUGUUAAGAAGAUUCUCAGUCGGUUUGCGGAGUGGAAAGUCUUGUUCCCAGAGUCCUACUACAAUGCUUACAUUAGCCUCUGUAUACCCAAACUCCUGGGUCCUCUCAUCAGACAUCAGUUAAUUGGCUGGAACCCAUUAAUGGUUGACAGUGAGGACUUUGAGUCCUUACCCUGGUAUUCUGCAGUCGAGAAAUUCUGCCAUGGCGAGGGAUAUGAGGAAUCUGAUAACACAGACAAAGAAACAUUGCCUUCGAUCAUCCAGAAGACCAUCUUACCGAAAAUAGAAGGUUUUGUGGAACUUACCUGGGACCCUCUGUCAUCGGGACAGUCUCGCUGCCUUACAGACCUUUGCCAGAGGUUACAGAAUGAUUACCAUGUAUUUGAUGGAGAACAGAACAAGAAUGCUAAGGCUUUUCUGGAGGCUGUUACUACAAGACUGAGGAAUGCUGUGGAUGAAGAUGUUUUUGUUCCUCUUUAUCCUAAAAAGUUUUUGGAUGACAAAACCUGGCAGGCAUAUAGAUUUCAAGACAGGCAAUUUUGGUCGGCUGUGAAGCUCCUUGGAAACAUUACCUUAUGGGAUGGGUUGGUCCCAGAAAAUGUGCUGAUGGAAUUGGCACUAGAUAAACUGCUGAAUCGCUACUUGAUGAUGGUUCUUCUAAAUGCAGCACCUGAACAGGAAUCUCUGGAGAAGUGCAAAAAGGUGGUGGCAUGUUUCCCAGAAUCCUGGUUUGUGAAUGCAGAAGGUCACUCUUCCAUUCCUCAGCUGCAGAACUUCACCCGUCACCUCCUCCAGACGACACAUUCGCUCUGUGAGAGAAACCCGGACAUCACCUGCCAAAGGGAGGUCAUUGCAGACGCUUUGACUGUUCUGAGAAACCUCAACGCUCUCGACAGCAUUGCCAGUAUCACUGAAAAGUACCAUUACAAAGAUGUAUGAAAUUCAGCUUUUUUGUAAUGCAUGUACUGUAUAGAUAUUUUAUUUUGACAAGUAGUAUGUUGUAUAGUUUUUGUCUUUAUCUUGCUAUUUUAACUGACUUCAGAUUGAACUCUUUUUUUUUUGUUAAUAAAAUGACAUUUUUAUAUAAAAUUUCA